UCUCAAACAUGGCGGCAGGCUUCUUGGUAGUCUACGGCCGAGUCACCGUUUCUCGUCCAUUUCGCAAGUAUCUCUCGCUAUCGGGGAAAAACCGCGCAGCCAAAGCUCGAAUGGAACCUUGCCGACGGCACUUUUGAAGUGGCAGAACGGAGGAGUCAUGGAGGACGUGAUUGAGAUCACCUCAGACUCGGACUCGGACGUGGAAAUAGUCGGGGUGACAACCCCGGCCCAGGACUUGAAGACCGAAAGCUGCGAAUUAUGCCGCUCCCAGCAUGACUGCUCGGAGGGAAGCCGCUAUCAGGGGCUCCAGCAGCCAGGCUGCUCCUUCGGGGAAAAUAUCGAUUUGACAGGGGAUGAGAAUGAAGUGCAGAAUCAAGUGAACAGCACUAAAGAUAUGGGGAGUAUUUGGGUCGAUUCAACUAACUAUUACCAAGCAGAGCAAAGCCCACAGAUUCCUGUUUCCAACAACUUGAAUCAUUUUAUGCUGGAUUCUGAUGAAGAUCUGAUGAAUGGUAAUGGAGGACACCUGUCCCCUGGGUUACAGACUGAUUCGAUAAAGGACAGGGAAAAACCUGACCUCAAAGUUCCUCCCCUUCUAACAGCUGAAUUCACAACUGAAGAGAUUUCAUCGUUACCUAUUUCCAGUAAGCUUUCUAAUGAAGACCCUUUGCCAGAACUAGACUUCAUUGGUGUUGAUGAAAUCUGGGAUUCUCACAUCACUGAAAAAGAUGGGGACUUCUGUAGAACUUCAAGUCAAUUAAGUAGCAGCUCUGUUUGCAGUGUAGAUUCAGCUACAGACACCAGUAUAAAUAGUGAUGUAGAAUCUCUGGAAACAUUUUUCCCUGAUGUAGUCGUUCCAUAUUCAUCACCAAGUAGUAAUGGAGGUCUUUUGGAAGAUCUUAACAGCAGCCCUCAGGAAACUGAUCUCACAGUUGAUGAACUUGAAGCAAGCUUAAGUGUGGAUAUUGAAGAUGUACCACCAUUGAUACCUCAGAACACUGAGGAUCUUAAAGUGAAUACUUACCAUUUUGCUUCCAAUCUAAAUAUGCCAGCAAUGAAAUCUUGGCAGCAGUCUCCAAGUGAGGAUCAAAAAAGUGAAAGUGAUUUAUGUUCUUUACCAAUUGAAAACAAAGCACAUGACAGUCCCUUGGCUUUGGAUCAGUGUGAUGAUCAGGAUCUAUCACCAAAUAAAUCUGAAAGCCAUUUACUGACUUCAAAUGAAGCUAAGGAAGCAAGUCCAAAUUGCUCUGUGGACAAAGAAUUGUUGAAAAAAUUUCACUAUUUCAUGGGAGUACCAGUUCAGCACUUGUUUGUUAGGCAUCUUAGAAAUGAAAAAUGGCACAAGGUAAAUCAAAAUUCUCAUUCAUCGACAGCUUGUCUAAAUAAUUCAAAGGAACCAGAGUUGAUCUCUCAGAGACAGUGCAGUAUGAUAAACAGCACCAUUGAUGAAAACUUUUCCCAAGGGACCCUUCAGUUUCUGAUGGAUUUUGUAUCCCCUCACCAUUAUCCGCCUCAUAAAGUUGUGCAGUAUACAAUCAAGAAGAUACUACUGAGCAAUGAAUCCUCCAGCACUAUUAUGUCUGCUUAUAUGACCUUAAUGAAGAUCCAACAGCUACAUCCUGCAAAUAUUUCCACAGUGCAGUGGGAUUGGGAACUACUGGCUUAUCAUGUGGAGAAUAAGGGCCAUCACAAGAAUGAUUCACUGGCCAGAAGUAAUCAACUGUUGUUUCUGCAGUAUGUCGUUCAAACUCUUGAAGAUGAUUUUCAACUGAAACAUGACAUGCCCCAAAAAUCCAUAGCCAAGUCUGUUCUAUCCUGUGAUGAUAAAUUUUCGAAUGUAAGGAGUGUCAUUAAAUGGCUUAUUGAUACUAUCUCCAAGGACUCUGAAGAAAUUCAAGAGGAAAAUAGCCCCACAUCAUCAGCAUCUAAUAACCAUCCGGUGGUGGACACUAGGAAUCCAAAAGUUAUUUGUCUUCUUCAGAAGAUGCUUACUUUGGCUGUAGAAGUAGACAGGUCACCAACCUGCAGCUCAAAUAAAAUUGCAGAAGCAAUAUUUCAACACUUCAUUUAUAUUUCUGAAAGAUCACACAGAUUAACGUUGUUAACAAGUAUGGAGAGCCAACUCCUACGCUGCAAGUUGCUAGAAUUUCUCUUCGACCAUUGCACUAAAAAACAAAAUGCUCUGCCAAUGUCACUGGGAAAAGUGCUACAUUUUCUUAAAUAUGCAAAAUUUCCCUUGGACACUGAUGACCAUCAUUCAAGCAAAUGGCAAUAUUGGGAUGAAUUUGUCCACCUUCUUUGUUUAUUGCUUCUAAGCUAUCAAGAGGUGACAAAACGUCACCUGAGAAUUUCAAUCACAGAGCGGUUGAAAUAUGUUCUAUCUGAUAUUCCUCCAGUGCUCACAACACAUGAUGUAAUCACUGAGAAAGAAGUUUUGAAAGAUAUGGAGGAAUUCUACAGCCGAGUAUUCAGUGAUGUGGGAAGACCAUUGAAACCUCAGUUAGAAGAACAGAUCGGUCUACUGAGGGGUCUGCUGCUUUGUGCAGCAAAUAGAACAUAAUUUUUUAACAUUGAUUUUGAAAAGACUUUUUUAUACAAUAGAAACUGUGAUUUCCUUUAACCAGCUAUCAUUUCCUGCACAACAUGAUGCACUGAAAUUUUGGAUCUCCAUUUUUUAAUUUAUUUUCAAAACAUGUCAUUAAGGUUUCUCCCAAUGAGACACAUACCUAUUUGUUAAAUAUAUUAUAAAAAUGUCUACUGUGGCUUUAUUUUCCUUACUUUAUUCAGAAUCAAAAGACUGGGAUUACCUCCAAAGUUGACUUGCCUUACUGGUUUUACCCUUGUGUGUUUUAAAAUCCAGGUGACAUACAGAAUUGUCAGUUAUUUUCAGGUUUCUUCAAUAAAUUAAAACGGAAUUUAUAUGUGCAAUGUCAUAGUGAGAGGGGAUCUUUUGUGUUUGCGUGAUCUGAAACUCAAAUUCAGGGUUGAUUUGUUCAAACAGUGGUUAUUACAUAUCAUGUAUCAUAUGAUGCUUGGAUUUAUGGUUUUCUGUUUGACUCUGAUUAUUUCUGUAGCUCAAUGAGUUUCUCUACUUUUUUAAAGGAAGAAUUUUAUUGAAAGUUUGAUGCAGUUAAAAUUGUAUACCUAC